UACAGCAGUAGUCCAUGGGCCUUGUGAGUGGGUGGGUAGAGGUAAGGCUUGUAUUCCGUCUCUGUUGACACCUCCGCAAAAUUCAGUGUGAGGCAGGAGAGGCAGAGACAGAUCUACAGAUACACAAAGACGCGCAGGGAGAGUGGGGAAGAGUUGGUGUACCAAAGGUUCAGAGAAAGAAAAAAGGAGGAACGUAUGCUAGUGUACAUCGGUGUGGGGAAUGUACAUUGUCACACGUCACUCAGACGCCAGGACUUACACAAGAGUUUGCUUCCAGGGACUCUGUUGACAGCUUCACUGGCCAACAGGCAGAGAGGACUCUGACGAGAUGCGACGCCGAAGCGUCUCCAGCUCAUUUUUCAUCAAAAGCCACCAUUGGUCAUCCAGCCCUGCUCUAAUGUGAAUAAUAAGAAAAGAAUGCGACGUUGUCAAAGUUUGUAGUGCAACCAACAAGGAUGGCCGUCCAUGCUGCCGUCUUCUGCCUCGUCUGCCUGAUCAGCUGUGGCUCAUCGUCGUCGUCGUCGUCGUCCUCCUCCUCCCACGCCCCACCUCCUCCGAGGGGCUGUGGCGUGGACGUGGACCCUCCCUACAGAGUGCUCUGUGACCUGGACUCUGUGUGGGGGGUGGUCCUGGAGGCGGUGGCCUGCGGCGGGGUGCUGACCUCCCUGGUCCUCUCCGUUGUGCUCAUGGUGAAGCUGCGCUGGAUCUGUGACACGGACAGGCGCUCGGGCAUGGGCCCGCUACUGCUGCUCCUGAUCACCCUCACCGGCCUGUUCUCCCUCUCGCUGGCCUACCUGGUGGGGAAGAACCAGGCCCUCUGUGUGGUGCGCAGGGCGCUGUGGGGGCCUCUCUUUGCACUCUGCUUCUCCUGCCUGCUGGUCCAAGGUCUGAGGCUCAGGAAGCUGGUGGCCGGCAAGGCCAGCCCGGCGGGCAGAUCCCUGGCCGGGCUGGGGGCGGCGAUCGCCCUGGUUCAGGGGAUCAUCUCUGGGGAGUGGGUGCUGCUCACCGUGGUCAGGGAGGGCCACCCGGCCUGUGACUAUCCCCCGGUGGACUUUGCUCUGACGUGCGUGUACACCCUGGGCCUGCUGCUGGUGGCCAUGGGGCUGUCCCUGGGGGUGGUGCUGUGCGGAGGGGAGAUGGAGCCCAGUGGGCGGGAGGAAGCGGACAGAAUCGCCGAGGACGAAAAAAAGAGAUGGAGGUGCAACGGCGUUUGGCUUUUCCUCUCCUGCCUGGCGUCGGCGUUGCUUUGGGUCGCCUGGCUGGGAUUCUAUCUCUACGGCAACCCGGCGCUGAGGGCCAAGGGGAGAGCGGAGCGGUCCGGGUCCGGGGGACGGAAGGGGGGCUCCAAGGUGUGGGACGAGCCGGCGCUGGCGGUGGCUCUGGUGGCACAGGGCUGGAUCCUGUUGGUGCUCCACGCCAUCCCAGAAGCCCACUUGUGUUUGCGGAAGCCGCUGUCGGUGGCCCCCCCGGACUUCUUCGAAAGCACCGUGCCUCGCCCGCCGCCCAACUUCGGGGAGGAGCGGCCUGGCCGUCCACAUCGGCCUUUCGCAGACAACCAGGCCUUCGCCAUGGAAGAACAAAGUGCAACUCUGAGAGGAACCUACCGCAGCAACCAAGGGAGUCUUCGUCCUGGGAUCCCCUUCAGGGGUCACGUGUACCAACCUACUGAGAUGGCUCUCGUCAUGAACGGUGGAGCGAUGCCUACAGCCCCAAUCAACUACACUGGCAGACAGCUGUGGUGAAAACCCUGGUCGCAGUUUCCAAACAUAACAGCAGAAGAAGCUUGUUGCACACGAGGAUCUCAUCGGCCACAGACUGCUUAUUUAUUUAAAUACGUUGUAAAAUGUGUUUUUUUGCUCGAUUGCCUCAAAUGUUUAGCAUAUUUUGAAGACAACAUAUUGUUAGUUUACAUUAGUGCAAUGGAACAAACAUUAUUUGGGGGGGGGAUUCUCCUUCUCAGUAUUCAACUGAUUGGACCGAAGGCAGCGAGGGACAUUCAUCAAGGCUCAUAUACCAUACGCAUGAACUGCUGACUCAUACUACAUACACAAAGCAAAAGCCGCUGCAUGCUUCUCACCGAACACCCCUUACCCAAUGCAAUGCUAUGCUAAUGCAGCUCACCUAGAGCACAGCAUUGAUGCCCCCAUCACAGUUUGUUUGUUCACUUUGCAGUCUUUUCCUUUAGCACUGCCUUACAUGGAAUGUAAAUACGAGUGUGAUAUAUAUUAAAUGAGAAUUCUGUCAAUAGAUCGUGUGUCCAAAUAUUCAAUAUUUAAAAUGUCUUUAUUAUGAAUAGCUAUUUAGUGAAUAAAUAAUGCUAUCUGGGAGAGAACAUUUUGCACUUUGUUUACACUCAAUGUAUUUGUGCACUGUGCCAGUUUGAGAUAAGCAGCUAAGCAGAGUAUUUUAUUGUUUAUUGAAAAAUGUACUAUUAUAAAGUGUGUGAUUGGUCUAUAAUACGAAAAUGUAGAUUUGUGCAUUAAUUACUUUCUGUUGUGUUUUUUCAAUAAUAAAAAAAUGGAAACAUAAA